AUGGAAUCUAAAAAUAAUUUGUAUGAUGAAUUUGGAAAUUAUAUAGGAGAAGACAUAGAUAGUGAAGGGGAUUACUCUGAUGGUGAUGGUGAAGAAGACGAGAUGAGGAAUGAUGGGGAGAGUCCCGAUGAUGAAGGAAGUGAUGAUGGAAGUGGUGAAGAAAGUGGUGAAGAAAGUGACGAAGAAAGUGAUGAAGAAAGUGAUGAAGAAAGUGACGAAGGAAGUGAUGAUAAGUACAGAAAAGUAAAGAAAAGUAGAAAAAAAAGUGGUAAUAACCACGUGGGGAGUAAGGGGGAAAGCAUAAGAGGAAGUGAUAAUGAGAGUGAAGAAGAAGGAAGUGUAAGCGAAAUAAAUAAACAACCUGAUGAAAAUUUGGAUGAACUUCAAAAAGCGUUUGAAGGAGUAGAAGUUUUUGUUGAACAGGAGGAUACACAAGAUAUCGAAGAGUCUACAAUUAAUAAGAUAAACACAAAUGUAGAACGUAUUAGUUUUAUUAAAAAAUUAGAUGUAGAAGCGAAUCGCAAAAACUUCGAUUUGGUAGAAACGAGUCUACCUAACAAUACCUUCAGUUUUAAAUAUAUGUCUGAAUUAAUGCACAAUACAGAAUUUAUAAAAAAUAUUUGCAUAGCGGGGCAUUUUCAUCACGGGAAAACGACCAUUAUAGAUAGAAUAAUAGAAUAUACACGUGAUAAAAAAGGAAAUAGAACAAAGAUAACAAGUAGUAGUAACACUAGUGGUGGUAAUGGCAGUAGUAGCACUGUAAGUUUUUUUCAUGUAAACGAUGAAAUGGAAGGUAUAGUAAUAAAAAAACAGAAUCUAAAAGGGAAUAAUAAUAAUAAUUGUAAUAGUAGUAGUACAUCUAUGGUGAACCCAUUUAACACGAAAAAAAUUGAUUAUUUAAUAAAUUACACAGAUACCAGACUUGAUGAACAAGCAAGAGGGUUAUCUAUGAAGGCAAUUCCAAUAUCACUGAUUUUGCAGAAUAAAAUUUAUGAGCAUAUUCCAAGUAAUAUUUUAUUAAAUAAGAAGAAAAAUAACUUGAAAUAUAAGUCUUAUAUAUUCAAUAUUAUGGACACUCCAGGACACGUAAACUUUUUUGAUGAAUUUCUUUGCGCUUUGAAUAUCUGCGAAUGUUGUUGUUUAGUGGUUGAUGUUAUAGAUGGGUGUAUGUAUGUGACAGAAAAUGUGAUAAAAGCAUGUAUAUAUGAAAAUGUUAAGAUGGUUUUAAUUUUAAAUUGUAUAGACAAGUUAAUCAUGGAUUUACGUUUGCCACCUAAUGAUGCUUAUCAUAAAAUUAAUUACACAAUAGAAGAAAUAAAUAAAAAAAUCGAAACAUUUUGUGACUUGUUAAAUAAAAGUCCAAAGGAAAAGAAAGGAUAUUUAUUAUCUCCUUUGAAAAACAAUGUCCUCUUUGCAUCUAGCAUAUAUGGAGUUUUUUUUACAUUAAAAUCUUUUAGUAAAAUUUAUUGUAAUUUAUACAGUGCAUAUAAUAUUGAUAUUGAUGAAUUUUCUCAAUAUCUUUGGGGAGAUGUAUAUUUUAAUGAGAAGGAUUUUUCCUUUGUUUCGUCUCCUACAUAUGGAAGUCAGAAAAGAUCAUUUGUUGAAUUUAUUUUGAAUCCAAUUUAUAAAAUUUUUGGAUAUGUAUGUUCAGAAGAAAAAGAAUUUUUGAUCCCAUUUUUGAAGAAUUUUAAUAUCACUUUAAAAAAAAAUGAUUACCUAUUUAAUAACAAAUAUUUAUUGAAAAAAAUUAACAGAAUGAUAUUUCAAGACACUACUGCAUUUGUAGAUGUCAUCUUGGACAAUUGCCCUUCCCCUUUGGAAAAUGCAAAGAACAAAACCAGGCAAAUAUAUUCAGGCUCAUUAAAAACGAAAUUAUGUUACGACAUGAUGAGAUGUGUCAAGGGGGACAAAACAGAUAAUUUAAUGAUUUAUAUAAUUAAAAAUUAUCACAGACCCGAAUGCUUGAUUCUAGAUCUAUUUGGUCGAGUCAUGUGUGGCACUAUCAGAAAAGGACAAACGGUUCGUAUAUUGGGAGAGGGAUAUAGUCCAAGUGAUGAUGAGGAUAUGAUAACACGUGUUGUGACACAUCUCUGGGUGUAUGAAGGAAGAUAUAGAGUGGAAGUGAAUGAGGUUCCUGCAGGAAACUUUGUGCUUGUUGGUGGUGUUGACAUAUGCAUCAACAAAACGUGCACCAUUACGAAUGUGAAGAGGAGGAAAAACGGACGAGAAAGGGGUGCAAAAAUGGGUGCAAAAAUGGGUGAAAAAAUGGGUGAAAAAAUGGGUGAAAAAAUGGGUGAAAAAAUGAAUGAAAAAAUGAGUGCACGAUUAAACAGGGGCACAAAUGGGGGAGAAUGCAAAGACACAUCUGCAUUUCUAAAUAAUCUGAAGGACGAAGAAAGGAUGAUUCUUCUGCAAGACGAAGAGGCAGAAGCGGAAAUAUUCUAUCCUCUACAUAGAAAAUUCAGAUACAUAAAUUGUGCUAAUUCAGUUUUUAAAGUGGCAUGUGAACCCAUUAAUCCAUCCGAAUUGCCUAAAAUGUUAGAUGGCUUGAGAAAAAUUGACAAAUCUUAUCCUCUUUCAAGCACAAAAGUAGAGGAAUCCGGGGAACACAUAAUACUAGGAACAGGAGAAUUAUACCUUGACUGUAUUUUACAUGAUUUAAGAAAAUUAUAUGGAGAUCUUGAAAUUAAAGUUUCAGAUCCUGUAGUUCAGUUUAAUGAAACUAUUAUUGAAACAUCGGCUCUUAACUGUUUUGCUGAAACUCCAAAUAAAAAAAAUAAAAUUUAUAUGAUAGCUGAACCAAUGCAGAAAGAACUUGCGGAGGAUAUUGUCCAAGGUUUGGUUCAUCUGAAUAAGGACGAUCAAAAUGUUAACUUAGAUGAGUAUUUACAUACAAUUGAUUGUUUAUUGCAAGAUCAGGGUAGGGAAAAUGGAGAAGUGAAAAGAGGUCUAGGGGGACGAGGUGGAGGAGCAGGAGGAGGACUAACAAAUAGGGAUAUCAGCCCAGACAUGGAAGGAGAAGGAAUUGAUGAUGAGACGGAGGAGGAACAUUCUGAGAAAGAUACCGAGAUGAUGAAGAGGAAAAGCACACUAAAUUAUGAUAUUGACAAGAACGUUAUCUCACUAUUGACGAAUAAACAUAACUGGGAUAUUUUAUCUAUAAGAUCUAUCUGGGCAUUUGGACCAGAAAAUAACAGUCCAAAUGUACUAGUUGAUGAUUCAUUAUAUAAAGAAACAAAUAAAGAGAAUCUGUAUUCUAUUAAGGAAAAUAUAAUUCAAGGUUUCUCUUGGGCCACUAAAGAAGGACCGUUAAUUGAAGAAUGUAUGAAAAAUGUCAAGGUGAAAAUUUUAAGAGGUGAUAUAGAUGAGGACCCAAUUAAUAGAGGAGCUGGACAAAUUAUUCCUACUACAAGAAGAGCUAUAUAUUCAUCUUUUUUAUUAGGUACUCCUCGAUUAUUAGAACCUAUUUUGUUUACUGAAAUUAUAUGUUCAGGUGAUUCUGUUUCCUCUGUGUACAAUGUAUUGUCAAGAAGAAGAGGACAUGUAUUGAAAGAUUUCCCUAAAGUAGGAACUCCUUUAUAUAUGGUUCAUGCAUACAUACCUGCAAUAGAAUCCUUCGGAUUUGAAACAGACUUAAGAACACACACAAGUGGUCAGGCGUUCUGCUUGAGUAUGUUUGAUCAUUGGCACAUUGUCCCAGGGGAUCCUUUAGACAAGUCAGUUAUACUCAGACCUCUGGAACCUGCCCCCAUUCAGCAUCUAGCGCGAGAGUUCUUGUUGAAAACAAGAAGAAGAAAGGGCUUAACAGAGGAUGUAACGAUAAAUAGAUUCUUUGACGAUCCAAUGCUCCUAAACAUAAAGGAUGAAUUUGCAGAAUACUUUUAA